AUGGCAUUCAAUCUUUUUUCCCGUUCAUCGGAUUCGCCAAUAUCAACUGGGAAGCGGAAUAUUGCCAUCGCAGAAGUUGUUAUAUAUUCACUUAUUCACAUUGCGCAGUUUAGCACAAGAUGCAUGCAAGAGUGGCGAUACUGGCACCAUAACAGGGACAAGAGUAUCGGACGCUGUGUGUUCUAUUCCUGGUGGAGUAUGGUUGGUCUUCUGGCACAGAUUCGCAUCGCGGGUUCGGCUCUGGUGCUUUCAAGCUCACGCCCAGAGAAGCCAAUACUCAUUGCGGAAUCCAUUUUGCAAAGCGUGGGACUGUCGCCCCUCUUGUUUGAAGUCAGCUUGGUCUUAUUGCGAUGUGGACAAUCCAGAGAAACGGGCCCUGGAAAUUCGAAAUGGACCAAGCCGAGCCGGUUUGCUUUGCAUUUUUUCCGUUUCCCCAUUUUUAUUGCUAUCACGCUAGCAGUGGUAGGCGGAUGUAUUAACAUGCGCGCAUUGGGGGAAGCUGGUUCCAUUGUUCUUGUUGUCACAUUCGCUUAUGUGUGCGGCCUUGUUGGUUGGCUUGCGGUAAAAUCGCGGUCAAUUCUUCCAAAGUCGGGUCAUUGUGCCGUACUUUUGACAGUGUUGACUCUUCCAUUUUUGUUGGUUCGGAUCAUUUAUUUUCUGUUAUUGGAGUAUGGACCUCCCAAGUUCAACCCAGCCACUGGUGAUAUCGGCAUCUUAGUUGGAAUGGGGCUUCUGAUGGAGAUCAUCAUUGUCAUCUUGCUUUUGACAGCACGCGCUGUGGCUGAACCGGUUUGGCCAUCAAUCAUUUCUAAGCGCAUCGUAUACGAUGACUUGGAGUCGACGCGGAAUUGA